GUCAUCAGUUACCAAACGAGCAGAGAGCAGGCGAGAGUAAAGGAGAUAGUGAAUUGCUCAACCGUGCGCCACCGUGAUUGCGCUGGAUACACACGAGCAACUAUUUACCAAUAAGCAAGUUUUCCAUGAGCCGCAAAGUUUCACUGAGAGUUUUUGGAUGAGAUGCUGCUGGGAUGGUGGUGAUGGUGACGCGAGGACCACCUACAUGUCAGGCUCGAUAAAUAAAGUCACCUUCACACCUGGACGAGUCGUGGUGGACCACAGAAAGGAAUACAGUCUUUCGGGAAGACCAUCCAACUUCAGCACCAUGCCAAUUUAAUCCGAUUCCUCCUCCCCUUAAGUUUCGCCUGCAGUGCUCUGGAUGGAGAACUAACACUUAUGUUGUUUCCAUGGAGUGAGUACCUUUCUCUGCGGAUAACUUUCAGUGGCGCAUAUGUGGAUUUCUUCCAGAAUGUUGCUGCCGAAACGGCCCAGGUGCUUUUGGGCCAUUGUCAAUUCUAUUUCUCUUGCGUCUGAGCAGAGCCGGGGCGAAUUCUGUCCGCUUUAGGAAUAGCUUGCGUAUUGCACAGAUCACGGUGCAAGUCACAGGUUGGUCGACGACAUUGAUAUUGACAAGACCAGCAUCAUUCCAUUGAUUACUAUGCAAUUACAACUGAUCUCCAUUGUUUUGAUCUUGCAUUGUAUGGAAUACACAAACUGUCAGCAGCAUCACGCAUCCAGUCACCGGCUACACAAGUGCCAGGUAGGCUGUCAAACCUGCUCGGUUUACAAUGGCUGUCUGACGUGCAAACCCAAGCUUUUUAUUCACCUGGAGAGGGACGGCAUGAGGCAGAUUGGAGUGUGCCUGGCCUCCUGCCCUAACGGUUUCUACGGCAUCCGUUCCUCCGACAAAAACGACUGCACAAAGUGCGGGUCAGAAUGUGACUCGUGCUUCGACAAGAAUUUUUGCCUGCGAUGCAGAGCGGGCUCCUACUUACACAAGGGCAAGUGCAUGGAGAGCUGUCCAGAUGGGCUGGUGCCUAGUGAUACCAAAAAAGAAUGUGUACCUGCGUGUCCAGCGGACUGUGACUCCUGUCAGAAUAGUGACACAUGCACACGGUGUGUCCCGGGACACUACCUCCUGCAUGGACAAUGUCAUCACAUCUGCCCAGAGGAGUUUGAGCCCAACGAUCAUAUUAUGGAGUGCAUCCCCACAGUGCACUGUGAAGUGGGCGACUGGAGUGAAUGGAGCCCCUGUUCGCGGUCAGGGAAAACCUGUGGCUUCAAAUGGGGUGAAGAGACGCGAACACGAAAGGUCCUACAAAACCCCACUCCGAAGGGGACUCCGUGCCCGCUGGUUUCUGAAAGGAGGGAAUGCUUUGUCAAGAGAAAAAGAUGUAAGCCAGGAAAAGGUCCGCGGAGGGGAGAGAAGAAAAAACGCUUACAGGAGAAGGAGAACACGGAGGGUCGUCGCGAGAGGAAGAGAGAGCGAGAGCAGGAGUCGAGGGACCGUGAGGACUCGGAUAACAGAAAUAAAACAGAGCAUAGACGCCGGAGGCACCAGAGCAGUGAAGUUGGAUCUGUAUAGAGAGAUGCUGCUCCUCAUAUCUCCCCUGCCUUUCUUUUCCCUUUUGGUCCAUGUCAACCCACCCUCUUAACCCCUCGUGGAGGGGGUAUUGCUGCUACCUGUAUAAUUUAAACUGUAUAUUUUAUACUGUAAAUGCACAAGAGAGAGGGGACACUUGUCAUCCACACCAUUGCAGACAGUGAGGACAACCUUAACCUUCUCUUUUAAAAGGGCACCUCUCACUCCCUCGGGCCCGGACUGAGACUGAACUGUAUACCGUGGGGUAUUCAAGAAAAUGCAGUCCAAUGAUCCAUAGAAUGGGUUUUAUAAGGGGGUCCAGGUACAGCGCUGUAUCAUGGUUUGAAUGUAGGUUUUUGAGACAUUACGUAGAGUUGUCGUAUAAACGUUUGUCUUUUUUUGGCUGAAUAAAUUAAAAAUGAGUACGCUUACUGCUUUUGUGGACAUUACCUGCCUUUGAAGGCCAUACCUGCUUGUUGAUUUGUGUAAAAUGGAGCAGGCUGACUGAUGAACUGUCUUACUUAAUACUGGAUGAACAAAGUGUUGAUUUGCCUGUCUAUAUAAACAGGAUCUGAGCUUAUCUGGAGCCAUCUGACCAGAAAUCAAAAGCACCUGUAUGUCAAAUAAACUAUACUGUGUUUU